CCUCCUUACUUGUGCUACUGGAUAUCCUUGUUAUUGUGUUGUUCACCCCACGCCUUCUAGUCUAGCAGAUCGUUAUCUUCAUCAAGCAAGGCAUAACGCUGGCCCGCAGAACUAUAACCAGGACUGAGGUGUCUUCGUUGAGACUGGACCGCACAAAGCAAAGUAUAUAUUUAUAUAUAUUAAGUCGUCUCGGGCCUCCUAUACCAAGAACCCCCAAUUAGAUUAGAGCAAUUCACAAUGUCGAACCUUGCGCCGAGAAUAUCGCGAGCCGUCCCUUCAGCGGGAAGACUGACCCGCGCUAUGCCGCGCGCGAUACCGGCAUGCAGCCUUACAACAAGAACAGCAGGGACAGCAGCAUGCAGGUUACUUACCUCUCAUCAGGAGCCGGCAAGCCGGCCUUUUCACAACACCGCGGCUAGCGGUACCAAAGUCGACCUAACUCAGAGCAGCCCCCCGGGUAUAUUACCCGAGUUCAGCUUGAAGGGUAAGGUGGUCGUCGUCUCGGGCGGAGCGCAAGGACUCGGUCUCGUGCAGACCGAAGCGCUGCUCGAAGCAGGGGCAAAAGUACACGUUCUAGACAGACAACCCCAGCCCGGCGCGGGCUCGUCGUUCGACAAAGUAUCUCGCCGGGCCAAGGACGAGCUCGGCGCCUCGCUGAGCUACCACCAGGUCGACGUUCUGGAGGGAGCCGAAAAGCUCCACAAGAUCACGGAGGGGAUCGUCGCCCGGGAGGGACAUAUCGACGGCCUGAUCGCGGCCGCGGGCAUCCAGCAGGAGACACCGGCUCUGGAGUAUACCGCGGAGGACGCCAGCCGCAUGUUGGGAGUCAACGUCACGGGGGUUCUCCUGACGGCGCAGGCCGUGGCGAAGCACAUGUACCAGAACGACACCCCCGGAAGCAUCGUGCUGAUCGCCAGCAUGAGCGGCAGCAUCGCGAACCGCGGGUUGAUCUGCCCGGUCUACAACGCGUCGAAAGCGGCGGUGAUCCAGCUGGGGCGGAACUUGGCGAUGGAGUGGGGGGUGAAGAACAUACGGGUGAACACGAUCUCGCCGGGGUACAUCGUGACGGAGAUGGUGCAGAAGCUGUUCGAGCGGUUCCCCGACCGCGCGGUCGAGUGGCCCAAGCAGAACAUGCUCAACCGCCUCAGCCGGCCCGAGGACUACCGCGGCGCCGCCGUCUUCCUGCUCAGCGACGCCAGCCGCUUCAUGACCGGCGCCGACCUGCGCAUCGACGGCGGGCACGCCGCUUGGUAGAGCAACGCUGCGACGGGGGAGUGGUUCGGCUUAGCCGGUAUAUUAGGUACCUCUUAUACGUAUAUAGAUAUACAGCGCCUUUACCUAAACUGGUAAAGAUAUCCGUCUGCUCGUUGGGGACAAGCGGCAACAGAUUUCCCCGCGGCGGAGCUUGAUGAUAACGAACG